GCAGUCGAGGCUAAGUUUCUCCUCCAUCCGCCAGCUAGAGUUAACAACCCCAUCACUCCUCUUCCUCUCUUCCCUCUUCCAUAGCUGGCAGCUACUCCACUCUACUCGUUUCUCAGUGAUCUCCUCCGGUAGUACUUCAUUCCUCACACGUGUCGUCAUCCGAGGCGUGGAACCGAGUUGGAGGCAUCAUAUCGAUCGCCAUCCGCUAGAGUGUUUGACCCCGGGACACUUCCUCAUCCAUCCCGUAGUAUCAAGCUAGCUCGUAUAAAGCCACCACUCCCUUGCCCUACUCUUCCACUCACUAUCACUUCCACAAGCAACUGCUCCCUUCUUCUCCUCCUCCUCUCUAUUUGCUUUCGUGGCUAAGCUUGCUUGCUCACCAAGUGCUGGAGAAGAAACACAGCUGCUUGGGAUCGACCGAUCGAUGGCGGUCGAGGCGGUUCUUGACGCGGCGGUGAUGCCGUCGCCGAUCAGCAGCAGGCCGCCGGAUGUGGCGGCGGCGACGAGCAGCGAGGAGGAGGCGUCUUCCACGGCGCGGGAGGGCGCCGAUGGGUGGGCCAAGCGGAAGCGCUCCAGGCGGCGGCGGCAGCAGCUGCUGCAGGGCGCGAUGCUGCCUAGGGAGCCCACGGAGGAGGAGUACCUGGCGCUCUGCCUCGUCACGAUGGCGAGCGGCCGCCGCGACGUUGCGGCCCCCGCGCCGCCGCCGCCGCAGGAGCUGCACGCGUGCUCCGUCUGCGGCAAGGCGUUCCCGUCCUACCAGGCGCUCGGCGGCCACAAGGCCAGCCACCGCGCCAAGCCUCCGGUCUCGCCGGCCGGGAGCCUGAUCCGGGACGAGGACGCGAAGCAGCACGCGGCGCCCGCGCCAGCGCCGGCGCCGUCCUCGUCCGCCGAGGCCAAGGCGGCGGCGCACGAGUGCAACGUGUGCGGGAAGGCGUUCCCGACGGGGCAGGCGCUGGGCGGCCACAAGCGCUGCCACUACGACGGCACCAUUGGCAGCGCCGCCGCGCCCGCGCGCUCCGCCUCGUCGUCCGCGGCCACCACCCGCGUCUCGUCGACGACGACGGCUGCCGGCGGCUUCGACCUCAACCUGCCGGCGCUACCGGAAAUCCCGGAGCGGUGCGCGGCGGCGCCGGAGGAGGAGGAGGAGGUGCUCAGCCCGAUCGCCUUCAAGAAGCCCCGGUUCAUGAUCCCGGCUUGAUCUGUUGGCGCUGAUCAAGCAUCAGCUUGAUUUUUUCGGUGAUUAGUUAGCUCAGCUCAGUUAUACUUGUUGAUAGCCUGGGUGGUGGUGGUGAUUGGUGGAAUUGGUUUAUUUGUGUACAUGCAUAGGCACUACUGUUCAUCAUACAUAGUCUUCAUUGUUCAUUAUUUAGGUAGCCUAUAGGGAAUAGUAGCUAGAUAGUCAAAGGAUCGAUUCUUUCAUUGGUGUAUAGUACUGUGCAUAUAGGAUAUAUGUAUGUAUAUAAAUAUAAUAAAAUCGAAUUAAAGUGCGUGUGUA